AUGGGAACGCCGGGGCAAGUCCCCGACACAUCUUGGCUUCCUGUAGGGAUGGACCCUAAGUCCACUUACCUACUAAAAAUCAGACUCACUGGAAAUCCUAAAAAGCGUAGGAAACAAUUUUCAUGCUUUCAUAUCACCAAGGUUGUCGAUUCUGAUCUAUGCAACUUUAAGGAUCUUGUGGAAACAAUUGUGGAUGCAUACCCUCAUGGCUAUAAUGAAAUAGUAUCUGUUUUUUACUAUGAUGAGGUCCAAAAGAAUUUCCCACAAGUCACAACAGAUCAGAAGCUUCUUGCAAUGUUCAACAAACAUGUUGAUAGCAAGGAAGUUCGCAUGACGAUUACUUACAGUGAGCCCACGGAUGUUGUUUCUAUCCCUGAGAGUUAUACUCAACAAAAUGCAGAGGUGCUUGAUAUCCCAAGCACUCCAUCCGUGGCUUGUCCAAUUCUAACUAUAGCAAGCAGGUCACCAUGCCUACAACAAGCAGCCCCAUUGAGCCCACAACAAGCCAGCCCACUAUGCCUACAACAAGCAAUCCCAUCCCAGGCCCACAACAAGCCAGCCUAG